CUUCAGAAAAUGUUUUAAACUAAUAGAAAUUUUGAAAAUAGAAAAAGUCCAAAGUAAACGAAGGUUUCCAAAGUUUUUAGUUCAAGUCUGAAAUCGUUGCUUUGCGGUUUUUUCGUAUAUCUUAAGUUAGGAAAAUUUUUUGACAACAAUGGCCCUGGGCGCACUGGUUUCUGACAUACAACUCAUUAUACGGUAUUUUUAAAAGGGGAAAAUCAAGAAUACUUUUUCAAGUUUGACAAAGAUAAUCCACUUGAAAAUUCGAGCGCACUGCAGGUCAUGUGUGAAAUGGUUGUUUGGUUAAUGUAAAGUGGGAUAAAAAAAGAACGAUUUGACUUUGGGUGUUGUGUGGCGCCAGAAAAAUGCGUUAAUUGCUAACCAUUUCCGUUUUCCACGGCUCGUCAUGCUCUGGGACAGGAGGGUGGAGCGUUUGAAGUAUUAAGUCCUGGGCGCACUGUUAUCUUUGACAAUGGUAAUCCGAUUUCCGCUUAAAAUUUAUUGCGCAUGGCAUUGUGUUGAAAAUGGUUGUUUGCUGUGUGAUUAAUAAAAGUGGUUGCGGUUUACCUGCCUUGAACACUGACUUUGACUUUAGAAGACAGGUAACAUAACAUCAUGGACGAGGAAGAUGUAUUCGAAUUCGUUUCUGCAUGGUCUCUCACAGCCAAUGUGCUUUUGAAUUCAGUUUCCCAACUGCCAUGUUUUCAGAUGGCAAUCACAGCUCAGCAACAACAACAAAGUAAUCUCCAACUUGUUAUCCGCAAUCGCCAGAGACGAAAAUCGAAGCGAAAACAACUGUUUUGGAUAGUUCCUCGCCCGCCUAAUUCUUGGUUAGAACACACAAUUAUUGAUGAAAGUAUACCUGAAUACGAAUUCAAACGUCGUUUACACGUAACAAAAGCGACAUUUUGGGCGUUAGCCAGGGUUUGCAAGAAUAAUAUCACAAGAGAAAACACCAAUUUCAGAGCAUCUCUUUCCCCAGAAAAAAUUUUGGCUAUUGCACUUUACAGAUUGGCCCAUGGUGUUUCGUACCGGGUUUGUGCAGACGUUUUUAAUGUUGGAAAAACAACUGCUAGAGAAGCGUUUGAAGAUUGUGUGAGUGCAUUGGACACUGUUAAAGGUAAUUUUAUAAAGUUUCCUUCCACAUUGCAAGAAAAACAAAAUGCUAUUGAUUCUUUUGCUGAGAGAUCAAGUUUACCAAAUGUUAUCGGUGCAAUUGAUGGAACCCAUAUACGCAUAAAGGCCCCUAAAGAAAACAGAGAAGAUUACCUCAGCCGAUACCAUCAAUAUGAUGUUGUUUGCCAAGGUGUGGUUGAUGGUCACACCCGUUUUCUUGACAUUGUAGCAGGCUUCCCUGGCUCAAUGCACGACUCCAGAGUUUUAAGAAAUACCAAAAUAUCUCGUUUUCUUGAUGAAGGAUUUUCUGUUCCUCAAGUAAAAGUUAACGGAAAAAUAGUUUCUCCAUACCUUGUUGGUAAUAGUGCCUACCCUUUGAUGACUUCUAUUUUAAAGCCAUUCUCUGACAGCACUACUGACUCAGCUGAGAAAAAAUUUAACAUCGAGAUUUCUCGGGCUCAUGUACCAAUUGAAUGCGCCUUUGGGGUUUUGAAAUCCAGAUUUCAGAUCUUAAUGAAGAAAAUAGAUGAUACUCUAGAGCGAUCAAACCAAAUAAUUGUUGCAUGCUGUGUUUUGCACAACAUCUGCAUUGGAAAUGGAGAUGAAUGGGAAAUCCCAGAAGUGGAAAAUGAUACCAAAGUUGCUAUAUCUGGGGAAAAUGAUCGAUUUAAUGGCAAAGAACUGAGAGAAACAAUAAAAGAAUAUAUUUUCAACAUAAAUUAGCAAUAUUGAUUUUUUAAAGAGCAUUCAUUAAGAAUAACAAAGAUAUAACAUGAUCAAUGUA